CCCCAGAGGACAUCACCUGCUCAGCUUUGCCCCCAAAACCCUGCCUCGGCUAAUCCCACCAGGAACAGAGGAAGCAGAUCGGCUGCCCACCUGUCGACCGGGAGCAGACGAACACCUCCGGGGACCAACGGCAGCCACCCAGCAGAUCUUGAACCAUGGACUCCCUGGUGGCGCUCCUGUUCUCUCCUCUUCCCCUGCCGGCCAUCGUCUCGCUCUUCGCCCUGGCGGCGGCCGCCUUGUUGUACCUCAACACGCGGCCCGGUGCCCUCCACAGCAAGAUUGACCUCGGAAGCCAAACUCUGGGCAUCAAGGAUGGAGCGAGAAAGACGGCGCUGCUCGAGGACAACAACAACCUGGUGUCGUAUUACCACGACGACGCAACAACCAUCUACGAGGUCUUCCAGAGGGGCCUGAGGGUUUCAGGGAACGGGCCGUGCUUGGGCUACAGGAAAGCAGGAAUGCCGUACCAGUGGCUCCAUUACAAGCAGGUUUCUGACCGAGCGGAGCACCUGGGAUCAGGGCUUCUUCAAAAGGGCUUGAAGCCCAACUCGGACAGUUUCAUCGGCAUCUUUGCUCAGAAUAGACCUGAGUGGAUUAUCGGUGAACUGGCCUGCUACACCUACUCCAUGGUAGCUGUUCCCCUCUACGACACCCUGGGACCCGACGCGCUCGUCUUCAUUAUCGACCAGGCGGAGAUCUCCACGGUGCUCUGUGACAACCAAAGCAGAGCGGUGACGCUGCUGCAGACCCGAGAGGCCGGACAGACGCCGGCCCUCAAGACGGUCGUCGUCAUGGACCCGUUCGGCUCCGAGCUGGUGGAGCGGGGCGUCCGGUGCGGGGUGGACGUGGUGUCCAUGCAGGACGUGGAGGCCCUGGGGAAGAGUAACCUUGAGAAGCCAAUUCCUCCGAAGCCCGAGGACCUCAGCAUCGUUUGCUUCACCAGCGGCACAACAGGAAACCCAAAAGGGGCAAUGUUGACCCACGAGAACGUCGUCUCGGACGCUGCAGGGGUCCUCAAAAGCUUCGACGCCGCCGUCACGCCAACCACGGAGGACGUGAGCAUCUCCUUCCUGCCGUUGGCGCACAUGUUCGAGAGGGUUGUACAGACGGUGGUGUACGGCGCCGGAGCCCGAGUGGGCUUCUUCCAGGGAGACAUCCGGCUGCUGCCAGACGACAUGAAGACCCUGAGGCCCACCAUCUUCCCCGUCGUGCCUCGACUCCUCAACCGCGUCUACGACAAAGUUCAAAGUGGAGCCCAGACACCUUUCAAGAAGUGGCUGCUGAACCUCGCCGUGGGGCGCAAGUUCGCCGAGGUGAAGGCGGGCGUCGUCAGGAACGACAGCAUCUGGGACAAACUCGUCUUCAACAGAGUGCAGGAGUCUCUGGGGGGUCGCGUGCGGGUCAUGGUGACUGGGGCCGCUCCCAUCUCGCCCACCGUGCUCAACUUCCUCCGCGCUUCUCUGGGCUGCCAGAUCUUUGAGGCGUACGGUCAGACGGAGUGCACAGCCGGCUGCACCUUCACGAUGCCGGGAGACGCCACCUCGGGGCACGUUGGGGCGCCGCUGCCUUGCAAUGUCGUGAGGUUGGUGGAUGUCGAAGAAAUGAACUACUUUGCCUCAAACGGAGAAGGAGAGGUCUGUAUCAAGGGUAGAAAUGUGUUCAAAGGGUACUUGAAGGACCCGAAGAGGACCGCAGAGGCCUUGGAUGAAGACGGGUGGCUCCACACAGGGGACAUCGGAAAAUGGCUCCCGAGCGGAGUGUUGAAGAUCAUCGACCGCAAGAAGAACAUCUUCAAGCUCGCUCAGGGGGAGUACAUCGCCCCGGAGAAGAUUGAGAAUGUAUAUGUACGCAGCGGACCGGUGGCCCAAGUGUUUGUGCACGGAGACAGUCUGCAGUCCUGCCUCAUCGCCAUCGUGGUCCCGGACCCUGAAGUCCUGCCGGGUUUGGCGAAAAAUAUUGGUUGCCGAGGCUCCCUCGAGGAACUCUGCAAAAACCUAGAAAUUAAGAAAGCCAUUCUUUCAGACAUGACCAAACUGGGCAAAGAAGCAGGACUCAAGUCAUUCGAGCAGGUGAAGGACCUGUACCUCCACCCCGAGCAGUUCACCAUCGAGAACGGCCUGUUGACUCCGACCCUGAAGGCCAAGCGGGCCGAGCUCACGGCCCUCUUCCAACCACAGAUCACCACACUGUACGCUAAGCUGCAAUAAAUGGAAUCAAACACUCUUCUC